CAUGUAUCGUCGCAGUUACAUCUGCUGCAAAGUCUUUGUACGGAAGAAGCACUUUGCUCUCGCGUUUCACUCCUCAUGCACUCCUAGACCAGAGCCUUUCGACUGCGAUCCACGCUCUCGCUUCGUGCUCUGCUCUUUGUAGCAUGUGAGGCCCAUUCCCACCGAAACCGCUUCGGCCGCCAUGGCAACCUCCAUCAUCGAUAUUCAACGAAACGUUAUACUAGACACCAUUCGUGCCACGAGCGGCCGGGAAUGGAAGGUGCUCAUUCUGGACGACCAGAGCAGUCGACUGGUCUACAAUGUUACCAAAGAAGAUGAUAUCCUCAACGCCAACAUCACGAACAUCGAGCGGAUCGAAGACCGCAGGCAGACACUCUCAGACACUGACGCCAUAUACCUCCUCUCCCCUCUCCCACACAUCGUGGAAUGUCUGAAGGCAGACCUAAGUCGAAAGAGAUACCGCCGGGCACAUCUGAUCUGGACAUCGCAACUCCCGCGGCAUCUUGGAGAAGAGAUCUUCCGCUCUGAGACGAGGGCUCGGUCGAUCAUCGAGAACCGCACUCUCAACAUCGACUACUUCCCGCGAGAAGCGAACCUCAUCACAUUCCGAGAACCAUGGAGUUUCCACGUUCUCUACCACCCGGCCUGCGACGCGCUGGUUAAGAACCACCUAGACACAUUGACGCAAAAGCUCGUGUCGAUAUGCGUCUCUCUAGGCGAAUACCCGUUGAUCAGGUUCUACAAGCCGAGGGACAGCGAGCGACACCCUGCUGAUGUGCUAUGCUAUCAUCUUGCAAGUUUCGUGCAGGCUGCGCUCGACAACUAUGCCCGCGACGAACGGAACGACUUCCCCCCUCAGAUGCAGUCUACUCGUCCUCGGGCGGUCCUCUUGAUCACGGCCAGAUCUAUGGAUCUGAUGUCACCAUUCGUGCACGAGCUCACAUACCAGGCAAUGGCUAUGGACCUGCUGCCGAUCAGAGACGACGAGGACAAGAUCACGUAUAGAAACAUCAUCAGGCGCGGCCAGCCUGAUCAGGAAGAAAAGGACGUGGAGAUUACAGACAAGGAUAAUCUCUGGGUGGCGCAUCGUCACAUGCACAUGAAGGAUCUCCUGGUCGAACUCAGCGAUGCCUUUCGAAAGUUCCAAGCGAACAAUCCCCAAUUUGCAGACAACGACGGGCAGCCCGCGAGCAUCAACACCAUCAAAGACAUGUUGGCUGGUCUCCCCGAAUUUCAAGAAGGCAAAGAGGCCUUCUCACUACACAUUGACAUGGCAGAGAAAUGUGCAAAGAUUUUUGCAGACCACAAGCUGUUGGACGUGGUCUCGGUCGAGCAAUCUCUCUCUACCGGCGUGGAUGAAGAUCAAAAGAAGCCCAAGAAUCUGGCCGACCAACUUGUGAGGCUCUUGGAUGAUGACAGCAUUAUUCACGAAGACCGGGUACGCCUCUUAAUAUUGUAUAUACUGUACAGGCACGGCAUACUACGAGGAGACAUUGAGAAACUCCGCUGUCAUGGUCAAUUGUCACCUAUGGACGGCGAAAUAAUCUACAACCUCAUCACUCUGGGCGCGAGGAUCGAGAAGCAGCUCAAAGACACGACAGUGCCUCCAACAGCAUUGUUCCCACCUCGAAUGAAAGAAGCCAGCACCAACCCUGAAGAGAUCAGCCUAUCGCGAUUCGAGCCUGCGUUGCGCUAUAUGCUAGAAGAUCAAUGUCAGGGUACACUUGACCAAACCAUUUUCCCACCCGUCAAACCACACCUCAAUGACCCAAAUAGUCACGGCAUGGGAGCUCAAACGUCACUCCGUAAUGCGGGCAAACCUACCUGGGCACAGACACGCUCUCAAUCGAACAAACCUCGUCAACGCAUCAUUGUCUUCGUUGCAGGUGGAGCUACAUACGCGGAAGCGCGUGCCUGCUAUGAGGUCUCGCGUAUGGCCGGCAAAGAAGUCUUCCUGGCGACGACGCACAUGAUCACGCCCAAGAACUUUCUGAGACAAUUGAGUCUGCUUAGCUCUGGUCGGAAACAGCUUGACCUACCAGUUGAUCGUGCCCAGCCGAAGUUACCGGCAUGGAUGUCAGAGCCUCCCCCACAGGCUCAGCAGUCAAGGCCUCCCGGCGCCAGUGCGAAUGGUAGCAGCAUGAGAUCGACCACGGACGCAAUGGCCAGAAUGAAUGUUAGCGGUGGGCCCAGGCCGGACAUUGGCAUCAGGCCCGGCGUCGGGACAAGUCCAUCGAGACCACAGCAGCCUGGUCCCGCGCCCGCCCCCUACCAGAAUCCUUUGGCACCAAGCAGCGAUAGUGCAAGUCAUGGUAAGUUGAAGAAGGAGAAGAAACACCAUCUGGGAUUAUUCAAGAAGCAUUAGCGCCUGCUUCAGGGACAAUAAAGCUCUGUUGGGGUUUCGGGGCACUUCUUUGCCUUUGCGCCUUGCCUUUUGCUGACUGAAAUGACAUGACCUGAGUUUAGCGUGGCGUCGGCGUUGAAGUCGCAGUCUUAUGUGCAUUUGGCAAUGUCCAUAUUCGUAGCGUGUGAAUAGCAGGCAUGUUUUGGGCGUAGUAUGACUACUGAGGCGGACUUGGAUAGUCAAUUCAACUAUUCGGCCCGAGAUAGUUCUCGAGGUCAGGACCGUAGAAGGAC